AUGAAGCCAACACGAAGAUCGUCAGAAGGCAUAACAUGGCGCAAGAACAAACCCCUCGAAAAGGGCCUAGCAACAGACGCCGUAGCCCCCAGCUCGCCAAACAUCGCAGAUGAAUACGACGUCAUUGUAAUCGGCGCCGGAUUCGCAGGUCUCGUAGCAGUCAGAGACCUGAGCAGCACAGCCUCGACCUUGCUCGUCGAAGCCCGAGAUCGUAUCGGAGGCAGGACAAGGGUUGCCAAGGUAGACGGGGAAGACGUUGAGAUGGGAGGGCAAUUCGUGCAUUGGCACCAACCACAUCUAUGCAACGAUUUCAUCCGCUACGGAAAACAAAAAGACAUCGUCUCCCUUCCACCCCCAACCGGCCCACCAGAUUACCACUUCACCAACACCAAUCAUACCACCACCCUCGACCCCCUAACCACCGCCUCAAAACUAGACAAAUUCUACAAGGACUUUAUAUCAGUCAACGGCACAACCCCAGAAUCCUUCCUCCACCCCCCCUUCGGGAACCUCGGCGACGCAGCCUUCAUCGCAGCAUACGACCACCUAACCGCCGCAUAG